GGGAAGUUGUUUUCGGGACGGAGGGAGUAUUUUACAUGACAUUGUUUUUCAUGAAGAAAAACAUUUACAUGAGGGGGUCGGAGGUAGUAGGUUGGAAGAUUCUUGCUCAAACGGUCAAACCUGCUCACGCAAAAGAUAUCAUCUCGAUCUCAUUCAUUUCUACCACAGUAAUUUCGUGUUCUUCCACCACAAAGGUACAGUUUUUCUAUCAAGUCCCAACUUCGUGCUUUCUAUCUUUUUCUUCUCAUCUUCUGUUUUGCAAAAAAAGAUUAGGUGACUUACAUACCCAAUCUUUCGUAUCUGUGCCAGAUUUAACCUACCAGAAACUUUGUAACUGAGACGAUCCCUACUAUAAACCGCCGCAUCAGCGGCGGCGAUAAAAACAGCGGCGAAAACCUGGCCAAAGAGUCAAAGACGGUGAUUUUGAAGGACCGGCAUCUUCUUCCGCCACGUCAUCAUUUCCAUCUCAAUAUUCCCAGAACAAAGCAAAGUCCUGAAAAGGGUGUUUAUAUUAUCCUCUGCGAUGGUAUCACUCGUUCUUUACCGCAAGGUCACUCUCUUUCCCGAAAUUAGUAUUAUCACUCAUUUGAAGUUAAUCUUUUUAGUAAUUCAUGCUAAAUUUACCAUUUUGAGCUCUUUAGAUAAUCUACAAGCUUUUUGUUUUUCUGCAACGGAAAAAAAGAGUCUUGAAUGUAAAGAGAAAGUAGUUUCAACUGGAUUUCAAUGCUUUAAUGCCAAAAUCUGUUUCUGAGGUCUGGGAAUUUGAUAUCUCAGCAAUUAAUCAUUUCUGUUGUUUAAAAUGUGGUUUUCUUAACGAUUGACAAUAAUCGAUUUUUGUAAUUGGAUGAACGCAUUGUUAGAAAUGAGAAUGAUUCAAUUUUUAAGGGCACCAAUUUUGAUACUUGAGAUAGACUAGAUCAUGAAGUUUGCACAUUGAACUAAGAUUAUUUAUUUAUCUUUAUAAUUAAUAUACAGAUUAAUAUGCACACAUUCUGUCCCUAAAUAGAUUCCAGUUUACCUCGGUAAGAUUAUCAAGAAAAUGAAUUUAUGUGGUUAGAGAUUUAUUUAAACAUGUCAUAAGAGUAUGGAUAAUACGAUUCUAUUUAAAAAGAUCACAAGAACCCUUGCAAAAUAUAAAAAUAAAGGAUCACAAUAAUAUUAAGGGGAAUGGCUAUAGUGGAGGCCAUAAGGGAGGUAAAUAGACAUAAUGAUAUUUUCUUUUACCAACGGUCUCAUAGCCAUCAUUACAUCUCAACUCCAUUAGAGUUUAGAAACUCCCACAUUGGUCUUUUGCCCACAACCUCAUCUACCUCAUCCCCAUUCUAUGAGGCAUACUGCAUGCCCAUUUAUAUCUCUGGGAUGCUACCUAAACUCUCUUCACAGUGGAACCACAAUAAUGUUAUGCUCUAUUAUGUUGAUGAAAGCCUUUGCUUUUGGCUCAAAUCUCUUUGUAUAACGAAUAUAGAUUUUUUGGCCUACAAAUAAAAACAUCAAAAAUUAAUAAAAUAGGUAAUUAAUAAAUAAGUAGUAAAUGAUUAUUAAUAUCGUAGGAGGAUAAGAUUUGGUGCUAGUGUCUUACGACUCAACUCCUACGAUGUCAUGGCGAUGUUCAUAUAUAAGCACACUUUAAAUAGUUUUGUCUGCAAGUCCCUAGUAAAUGUCUAAGAGGUGAUGGAGGGAUAGUUGGGAAGCGACCUUGUUUUUUCGAGCUGCUAGAAUGUGAAAUUGAGAUGUCAUGACCGUAUGUACGACAUGAAGGAUGCAUGUCUUUGUAACAUACAAAAACCUAAGUUAUUAUAUUAUUAUAUUAUGUGCAUUAAUAGACAUGACUGUAGUUUAAUACAAAUGAGAGACACUUCACACUUAGGUUUGAGAAUUAUUUUGUACAAUUCUAACAACAAAUUUUGAAAAAAAGGCAUAAUUGAAUUUUACUAGCUUCUCCUUGGUAGAGAGUGAUGGGGAGUACAAUCUCGUUUCUCCAUGUCAUGUCAGCAUCUUCUAGUGGAUGACGCCAUGUAAACUUAGCAAGGAACAUCCUCUGAAUGAGCAAAAUAUCAAAUAGUAGACAUUAACAUCAAAUAGUACACCACUGUGAUUCAAAGCAAAUAAAGUAAAUACGUACGUAAUAUUUUUUUUGUCUGCGUCUUAUUUACUUUGUUUGCUUUGAAUCACAGUGGUGUACUAUUUGAUGUUGAUGUCUAUUAUUCGAUUUUUUGCUCAUUCAGAGGAUAUUCGAUGCUAACUUUACAUCACGGAAUUCAGCAGAAAAUGCUGGCAUGACAUGGAGAACCGAGGCUGUACUCUCAACCGCUCUCUACCAAGGAGAAGCCAUUAAAUUUCUAUUAUGCCCUUUUUCAAAAUUUGUUGUUUAGUCAUUGGAGUCGGUGUUAUUAGAAUUGUAGAAAAUAACUUGAAUCGAUGACAAUAAUUCUCAAACCAAAUGUGAAGUGUCCCUCAUUUGUAUUACAGUCUAUGUACAAGUGAAUCAUGUAUACUCAUGGAAAUAUUAUUAUAAUAUAGUACUCCCUCCGUCCCGCUAUGAUUGUCCCAUUUUACCUUUUCAGUCUAUCCCACUAAGAUUGUCUCAUACCUUAUUUGGUAAAAUUUGUGUGGUUCUAAAUGGUUCUUACUUUAUCAAUUCAAUAUCAACAACAUAAAAACACUUUUAUUAAUAACCGUGUCACCUUCUCUUGUCCCAAACUUAGGGGGACGGAGGUAGUAAUAAUUUAAGGUUGUUGUAUGUUGCAAAAAUUUGCAUACCUUGCAUAUUGUCAUGAUUUUCCAAUUUAACAUUUUCGUAGCUUGAAAAACAAUGUACAUCCACAACUCUCCAUCCAUCACAUCUUACACAUUUUUAGGGCAUUACAGACAAAAUCAUUUACAGUAUGCUCAAAUAUAUAUAUCAUCAUGGCAUCAUAAGAGAUGAUUCAUAUGACACUAACACCGAAUUUUAUCCUUCUACGGUAAUAGUAAUCAUUUAUUUCUUAUUUAAUGAUUACCUAUUUUUUAAUGUUUUUUGCUUAUAGGCCAAGAAAUUUUAUAUUCGUUAUAUAAAGGGAUUUGGUCCAAAAUUAAAGGGUUUCAUCGAUACAAUAGAACAUAACAUUGUUGUGGUUCCACGGUUAGGGGAGUAUAGGCCGCAUCCAAGGAAAAUAAAUGAGCAUGCCAUAUGCCUCAUAGGGUGUUGAUGAGGUAGAUAAGUUUGGGGGCAAAAGACCCGUGUGGGAGUUUCUAAACUCUCAUGGAGUUGAGGGGGUAAUAAUGACUAUGAGACCAUUGGUAAAAGAAAAUUAUAUUAUGUCUAUAACGCAACCGUUAAUGAUGUCUUGCAUACCAAAUAUCAAUUAUGAAAAUACAACCACUUACCUCCAUUAUAGCCGCUCCCCUUAGUAUUCUCAUGAUCUUUUAUUUUUUGCAAGGGUUCUCGACUUCUCGUGAUCGUUUAAGAAAAUAAUUGUUUCAUUCAUACUGUUCUGCCAUGUCUAAAUAAAUCGUAAGGGGGACGAACACGUAUAUAAAGCGUAGAAUGUUUCAAUAAUUUAUUUAAUUGUCUUUCCGGUUGAAUUUUAAGUCGAAAUUUGGUGGACAUAAACUAGAAUUGAUGAAGAAAAUGCUAAAAAAAAUCAUUAAAAAAUUCCACCGAAAACAGUGAAUUCCGCAUGGCGGUUUGAAUGGUUCGAUCAAGAGCUCCUGACUUGAACGAGACUCUAUAUGUAUCAAAUGUGGAAGAGAGUUAGUUUGGGCCUACGCCUGUUGACUACAUUCCCGACUUAUUAACUCCUUUAACGACUUCCUUUUGAUGGAUGCGGAUACAUAUGAGCCUUUCAUUUAGCUCCUUGCUCGACAUCUCAACCGCUCUCAUACCCUCAUCUGCGUUUCAAGCUCCAGAACUUAGAUUUACUCAACUUGCUGCUUUCUUUUGCCACUUGGUGGUGGUGUUUUUUCAUCUCUGGUUAGUUUGAAGUUCAUGGGUAAAAAAUUUUCUUUUCUCGUCACUUGUAUUGCUUAGUUUUCACAUUCAAUUCUUCAAUUGAUCUGGUAGUAAAUUUAACAUUUUUCUGUUAUUUCUAAUGUGUUUUAGGGAGUGUUUGGUUCUACUUCUUAAAACUGUGAAGGAGCCAAAGAAAAUAUUGGAGUGUUUGGGUGAGAGUGGAGAAAUACUUCCGAGUGCUCCAAAUUACUCCUAGAAGCAGUUUUUAGAAGCUGGGGGAGACCAACUUCUGAAAAACUUAUUCUGAUUCUGCUUUUAAAAAAGAAGCAGGAGCAGAAUUAAGUUCCAAACACCUCCUUAUUGUUUAAUUACUUAUGGGUUUUGGUCGUAGAAAAGUUGGCCUAGCUGACCACACAAAGUUGUGUUCAUUUUUUCGAAAGGACACUCAUAUCAAUGAUAUAGAGCUAUGAGUUGUAUGUAUAUUUGUAUUGAUACUAUUUAUGAGCCACACAUGUUAAAAGAUAAUCAUGUACUUUGAUUCUUCUGUUGCUGGUUGAAAGUAACAAAUGACAUGCGAUCUUCGGGUUAGACGCAACCUUCAACAAGCAAAGUCCAUUCUUGACACUCUCGUGAAGAGGGAAUUGAAGAGAAAAAAUGAGACCUUAUGGAGAGUGAAGUUAGCCGUAAGAUCUUUGAAAUUUAUAUGAUCAGAGAUGUGGUCAUGAGCCAGAAUUAAGUGAUGUAUGCCAAUCUGAGAGAAGUAUGCUACCUGUUGGCUACUACAUGCAUGGAAGCACCUGCACACUCCCAUGCCACCACCCAUAAAGAGGAGUGGGCUCCUAUCUUUGUGAGCCAUAGGAACCAUCACAUCUGUGCAUUGCAAUUUAUCGGCACCAACAAGUCCUAUGGCUUUCAUCUCCUCCACUAAGGUCCCGGAUUUCCUUGACACGGAAAUGAAUAACAGCUGCUAAGAUUAAUCCCAUGGAGGAGGCAAGAAAGAUUUGCGUACAUGUUGGCCUUGUGUGAUAUUCAGAGGGUGAAGAAGAUCCAGCAGCAAGGUAUUUGAUAAAAUGCCAAGAAGGUGAAGAAGAACAAUGGAGAGGAGGCGGAGGAAGUGAACACUUGAACCCAUGGAGUUCCCCAUGCUGAUCAUGCAUGCAUUCAUGCCACAAAUGGUUCUUGUCUCUUUUCUUGUUAGAUUAUUCAACCAAAUUUUUUAAAAAAAAGGAGAGCAAAGUAUAAAAUGGGUAUGAUGGAAGUGAAUCCAAAUGUCCUAGUACCCAACAACGUAUGUUUGCAAAUCAGGUGAACAAAUAAUACCUUUACUUCAUCCUUUUUUUUUAAUUUGAUACACAAAAUUAAAAAAAUAAAUGCAAAAUCUCAAAAAGGACAAAAAUAUUAUGUAGUAUGGAGUAAUUAGGAUAUUUUCUUUUGGAUUGAAAUUUGCUGGUAUGGUCUGAUCUGGUCUGGUUUGAUAAACGUCUGGUCUAUGUGUAUUUUAUAACUAUGGAAAUCUGGUCUGAGACUGAAA